GGGAGACAUGGGGCAUGCGAUUCACCCUCACUUACCGGCGCCACCACCUUCAUCCUCCUGGGGCUUCGGUAUAAGCGGCAUUUUGACUUUGCGCUUGACCUCCCCGAUGAAGCGCUCAAAGUACACAUGUUGCUGGCAUCAAUGCGUCUAAGGUAUACUCCCAUUUUUCCAUUGUACUUAUGCGCAAUUUCUCAUAUUACAUAUGUUUCAGUUUCUCUGAAAAUUACCAUUGCCUAUCGUGUCAUUUCUCAUUUCCAUGGACUCCCAAGUCCCACCCAGUAGGAACGGUUGGUUCAGGUGUUGGUCCUUUUCGUCAAUCGCAGCUCAUCAUAAUCAUCUGAUAGUAUGAUGACCACAUUUUGAGGCAUUUGGUUCUUCAGUCUUCAUGCUUCCUAACUUUCUUUAAUUGUGUUUCAAGGAGGGUUGUUGUCUUUGAUCACCAUACUAUAAUGGACUCAUGUGCCUGUAGGUUGGGUUUAGGUUAUCUGUGGGCAAAGGUUUUCAUCAUAUUUCUUACUUGCCAGUUGCCACAACAAGUGACAUUAGUGUGUCACCUGCCAAGCAGCUAUCUUUCUGCCGUACAUAGCACAGAAAAGAUGGUUAAUGCAAUCAAGGGGCAGCUCAUCUCCUGUGAUGUACCAAUGGCGCAGUUCAUUGUUAAUCUGAACGCUUCGAUGCCUGCAUCAGAGAGGUUCAUCGUGCACUGUUUGAUCCCACACAUUUUUGUUCAUCCUCAUGUGGCAGAGAUGAUCAGAAGCAAGAUAGCAGAGUUCAGGGACCAGAACAGUUACGAGAAACCUCAAUGAUCAUCCUCUCCCACAUUUCCCAUGUCACCCAACGUUCAGAGAUUUCGGCUCAGUGUCCAUGUAGAAUGUCAAUUAAUAGAUGCCAUGUAUCAUAAUGGUCUAGAGAUGAUAGUUGCUUGGCAUUAGAAAAUGCUGUGACUUGUUCUGUCCAGACUCCUUGAAGAGCCUUUUACCUGUUGAUGCAUUAUUUGG